AUGGAAUCUUGUCAUUAUUCUUGUUGUGUUUUCAAGGUUCUCUUCAUCUUCCUCAUUUUCUUUCUCUCUUCUUCUUCCUCUCCUUGCUUUUCAUGGAUGUUGCCUCCUUCAAUUAUCAACUCAACUCUUGAACACAGCGGUUACACUUUGAUAUCCGAUUUUCGGGUACUAUCUAGAAGACUGUUAUCCGACUGCGAUGAUCAAACCCCGUCUACCCAAAUAAAUGUUACUCCAAAUUCCAACCUUUCUGAUGAUGUUUAUGUCACAGUUACGAUUACUGGAAUUUUGGUUCCUGAGGAGCACCAUUGGGUUGCUAUGAUUUCAUCUGCUAAUUCAGAUGUCUCAAAAUGUGCUUUGAAUGAGGUUCUGUAUGCAGAGACUGGUGAUUUGAGUAAACUUCCACUACUGUGCCAUUAUCCUGUCAAGGCACAGUACAUGAGCAAUGAUCCAGACUACAUCAACUGCACAAAGAAGGAAUGCAAGGAAUAUGACAAUGGCAGCUGCGUGGUAACCAAUUGCAGUGGUUCUUUGAGGUUUCAUGUUAUUAACAUCAGAACCGACAUUGAAUUCGUGUUUUUCGCCGGCGGCUUCGAUACGCCUUGCGUAUUGACGAGGUCGAACCCGGUGAAUUUUUCUAAUCCAAAACAACCAUUAUAUGGACAUCUAUCAAGCAUAGAUUCAACUGGAACAUCAAUGAGAGUAACAUGGGUUAGUGGAGAUAAGGCACCUCAACAAGUACAAUAUGGGGAUGGAAAGAUGCAGACAUCAGAAGUUACUACAUUUUCACAAGAUGAUAUGAUUAGUGCAGUUCUACCAAGUCCUGCCAAGGACUUCGGUUGGCAUGACCCAGGAUACAUACAUUCAGCAGUGAUGACAGGACUUCAGCCUUCAAGUGCCUUCUCCUGCAGAUAUGGAAGUGAUUCAGUUGGUUGGAGUGAUCGAUUCCUGUUCUGGACUCCGCCUGCUGGAGGAUCAGAUGAACUUAAUUUUCUUGUAUAUGGUGACAUGGGAAAGGCUCCUCGUGAUGCUUCUGUUGAACACUACAUUCAGCCAGGAUCCCUCUCAGUGAUUGGAGCUCUUACUGAUGAAGUAAACUCUGGAAAAGUGGAUUCCAUCUUCCACAUUGGAGACAUAAGUUAUGCCACAGGAUUCUUAGUAGAAUGGGAUUUUUUCCUUCAACUGAUAAGCCCAUUUGCUUCCCGAGUUGCUUACAUGACUGCUAUUGGAAACCAUGAGAGGGAUUAUGUAGACUCAGGGUCAGUAUACAUUACUCCCGAUUCAGGUGGAGAAUGUGGAGUUCCUUAUGAGACUUAUUUUCCAAUGCCAACCCAAGGAAAGGAUAAGCCAUGGUAUUCCAUAGAACAAGCAAGUGUUCACUUCACAAUAAUUUCAACCGAGCAUGAUUGGUCAGAAAAUUCUGAGCAGUAUGAAUGGAUGAAAAAGGAUAUGGCUACCAUUGAUCGAUCAAAAACUCCUUGGUUAAUUUUUAUGGGGCACAGACCCAUGUAUACUUCAACAGAUGGAGUGUUUAGUGUGGAUAAGAAAUUUGUUGAAGAUGUAGAACCAUUACUACUUGAGAAUACGGUUGAUCUGGCUCUCUUCGGCCAUGUUCAUAAUUAUGAGAGAACCUGCGCAGUUAAUCAAGAGGAAUGCAAGGCCAUGCCUAUAGCAGAUGAAAAUGGCAUUUACACGUAUGAUAACAGCAAUUACAGUGCCCCAGUGCAUGCUGUUAUUGGUAUGGCUGGCUUCACCUUGGACAACUUCACAACUGAUCAUGUGAACACUUGGAGCUUACGAAGGAUUUCUAAGUUUGGUUAUGUAAGAGGGCAUGCAACAAAGGAAGAGAUGAACUUUGAGUUUGUGAAUGCUGAAACGAGGGAAAUUGAGGACAACUUCCGCAUCAUUAAAAAGCAGAGUGACAAAUUUGUAGAUGUCUCACAAAUAAUGUCUCGCUUCGCGGGGAUGGCAGUUGAUGAGUUCAACACAGAGAAAGACGUUGAGUUGUAGUGCGUGCCUCUUCUUUCUGAGCAGGAUCUCUCUCAUCAGAGAGAAACCAGAAAUUGUGA